CAGAAAGAGAGAGAGAGAGAAAGAAAGAGAGAAGAAGAAGAAAGGUAUCUAUCUCACUACAAUUCCGGGCGCCACCGUUUCUUCAGGAGCCCAAGCCGGGAGCCUCCCAGCCCAAAAGAAUAACGACACCAACAAGCUCAAGCUAAAGCUAGGCACACCAACGAAGAAGAAAAAAGAAAGAAAUGUCGAUGUCGAUGUCCAUGUCGUCGGGGUCGGGCUCCUCCUCCGCAGGCGGCGGCGGAGCCUCGUCGAACUCCCCGUGCGCGGCGUGCAAGUUCCUCCGCCGGAAGUGCACCCAGGAGUGCAUCUUCGCACCUUACUUCCCUCCCGACCAGCCCCAGAAGUUCGCCAGCGUCCACAAGGUGUUCGGCGCCAGCAACGUCGCCAAGCUGCUGAAAGAGCUGACGGCGGCGCAGCGCGAGGACGCCGUCAACUCCCUCGCCUACGAGGCCGAGGAGCGCCUCCGCGACCCGGUGUACGGGUGCGUGGGUCUCAUCUCCAUCCUCCAGCACCGCCUGAAGCAGCUCCACCACGACCUCGACGCCGCCAGGAAGGAGCUCGCCAACUACAUCGGGCCCCACCACCACGCCAUGCUCUCCCUCCACCACCACCACCACCAACACAUGGUCGGUUCUGCUGCCGCGGCCAACAACCAUCACCACCACUCGUUCGUGCUGCAGCAGCAACAACAUCAGGCUGCUGCUGCUGCACAGAUGAUGGACGGCCACGUGGUCCCCACAGCGACCACGGCCGUCCAGAACUAUCCUUACCACCAUCACCAGCAGCAGGAGAUGGUGGCGAGGUUUAACGGAGGGUAUGGAGGUAUGGUGCCCGCUGCCGGCGGUGGGUUUAACCAGAUUGGGAAUGGAGGUGUGGUGACAUCGUCUGGAUUAGGGUUGGGGAAUAAUUACGAGAUGCAGACUGAUAAUUACAUUAAUCAGCAGCACAAUCAGAACCAGAACCAGAACAAUGAGCAUGAUCAGGCGGCGCAGGUGUUUUUUCAGACCCACCAGCAGGAGAGGCAGCGGCGGCAUAUGGCGAGCCGCCAUCAUCAUCAUCAGCAGGAGGAGGGAGAGGAGGAGGAGGGAGAAGAAGAGGAAUUGGAGGCCGGCGGGGAUAGGGCUGCUUUGCUGAUGAGGCCAUCCUGUUGAUCGAUGAUGAUAAAAAAGCUUCCUUUUGAUUUCCAAAUUUCUUUGCUCUCUUUUGCUGGUUUGAUCAACAUUUCUCAUGCUAUCUUGAGGAUGACAAGUGAAGAACGUGUAAACAAGGAAGAAAGGAAGGCGCAUUUGGAUGUUGAUGAAAUGAUAUAAUAUAAUUUUACAUGUUGAAGAAAUUUUCUAAAUGGAGAAGGGGUCUCAAAGUAAGGACAAGCAGUAAUUCUGUGGAAUUAAGGAGAAUAUUUACUUUUUGGGUGAGGUGAGAGUUGGGGUGAUUGAACUGCUUUUUUUUUUUUUUUAAUCCUUGUGUGGCUUAUAUCUAUCUAUCUAUCGGUCUAUCCAUAUACAUUGUUUAAGUAGUUUUACUAAGUAUCUCUAUUUAGAAAAUUAUGAGAUGAGAACUCUUUUGGAGAUAAGUCUAUGAUAUAUCCAAGUAUUUAUGUCAUUAUUAGUUCAUGAUCUUGAUGAAUGCAGGCACUCCUCAUACAGGGUAAAUGACAUCUUUAGCAGUCAGUCUCUAUAUUGAUAUAACAAUCAUGUCUUUUUUCACUAUGAAUUUAGCAG